AUGUCGACUUUUGUAAUAACCUAUGCACUCAUUCUACUCUUGUUGCCAUAUGGCAACACUCAUCCGGAUCCCCGGAAAACUUCAAAAUCAAAAUUGAGACAAACAAGUGUCGAAGUACCGGAAAACAUAGUCAUACCCGGAGUUAUCGUUGGAGGUGAUACCAAAUAUGGUUCGAUGAAAGAAAAACCCCAUUUCGGUAAAGCCGUGAGCCCUUCUGACGUCAUGGAUCAGAUUAUUAAUAUUUUGGAAACCAAAAGUGGGACGACCGAAAGUGUCGUCACUAUAUCGCCGACGACUAAAGUCUACACUCCGGUGGCUGUCAAGAACAAAGAUCCGAAGGUAGUCCUGGAGCAUUUGGAGGACAUCAUUACGGCGUUGAAACAUUUGUCGAAGGAGGCGAAGAAGAACGAGGAAAGACAAGAAAGAGAAGAGGAGGACAAGAUAAGAAAAUCAAGAGGACAAGAAAAGAAGGAAGAGAACAAGAAAGAUGAGGAAAAGGACAAGAAAGAGAAGGAAGAGUAUAAGAAAGAAAAGGAAGAGGACAAGAUAGAUAAUCAAAAGGACAAGAAAUAUAGGGAAGAUGAUAAGAAAGAUAAGGAAGAGGACAAGAAAGAGAAGGAAGAAGACAAGAUAGAAAAUCAAGAGAACAAGAAAGACAAAAAAGAGCACAAGAAGAACGAGAAGAGAAAAAGAGGGAUGAAGAAGAUUAUAAGAAGGUUGAUGUAUCGACACAGAAAUAUGAG